AGAAAAAGCAAAAUCACAAAAAGCAGUACUGUAUUCCAUAAAGUUGAAUUGGUCUUUAUAGAGAAACUUCAUUGACUCCCAAACAAUAAUUUGGUAAAGCAAUGAAACCCUUUGUAACGCGUUUAUCACUCUUCAUGUUCAUUCCUCUCAUUCUUUCACUCUUGUUUCUGAUUCUUUUUCAAAAGGAGACUUCUAUGGCAUCCUAUGAAGUAUUUGGAGUGAAGAUAGAGAAGAAUCCCUCAAAAUCCAAACUCAGUGAACUUGGUGUUUCAUCUUGGCCUAAGUGGGAAGGUGGUCCAUUAAAAAUUCCAUGGUUCUUUGAAAAUGAAGAAACAAUGUAUCUACUUGAAGGAAAAGUGAAAGUCACAGUUGAAAAAUCAGUUGGAUCCUUUGGAAUUGGAGGUGGUGAUUUAGUUGUUUUUCCUAAAGGAAUGAACAUUACAUGGGAAGUAACUGAACCUGUCAAGAAGCACUAUAGCUUGAAAAAAGAAUGAACCUAUAAUAAAAAGUCUUAUAAGUUUUAACCAUUCUGGUCUAAUAAGUGAUUAUGAUGUGUAUGAAUUUGAUUAAGUGAUUAUCAAACACUAUGCAACUAAACUAAGCUUCACUUCCAUUAGAUUAUACCUUUGAUUGGAAGUAGUAACGUGUAAUGGUGAUUAUGGAUUUCAUGAUGAUAUAUUUAAAUUGAAUUAUCAGUUGGAGUU